CCGCCCCAUUUUAAAAAAGGAUCUAUCAUACAGUUAGCAAAUAAUAAAUUAAAAAGAGUUGAAGAUCUGGAAACUGCCGAUUUUAUACAAAGUGCUGAUAUAAGCCCCGAUCUCAAAAUAGACUCAAGUACUGUGAUUAGAAUUGAUGAACAUGUGGAUCGGGGUUCUGCUAUUUUAGGAUUUUCUGUUGGAGAACAUAAAGUCAAGGUAACAGUUGAAGCUACGCUGGAGCAUCCAUUUUUCGUAUUUCACCAGGGUUGGACUUCCUGUUCACCUCUAGCAUCGUCUCAACGCUAUGGAUUGGAAUGUCAUAAACUUGCAAUAAAUGAUAAAUGUGUUUCGUUAACUCAUAAAGAU